AUGUCGCCCACGUUGGUCGAGCAGCUGUCGCAUUAUGUCCUGGACGGUCUCUGGCAGCUCGGCAACUGCUUCUCCUGCUUUCCAUCCUCUCCAUCGCUGAAAAUCAAUGGCCGAUCAUUCAAGAUCUUGCGACUGCUGGGCGAAGGGGGCUUCAGCUUUGUCUACUUGGUCCAGUCCCCCGGCGACCCAACCCUCUAUGCGCUCAAAAAGAUCCGAUGUCCAUUUGGAGAAGAGUCUGUCUCUCUCGCACUGAAAGAGGUGGAAGCAUACAGCCUCUUCUCGCCGCAUCCCAACAUCAUCCACGCCAUUGACCAUGCCGUCGAGACGGAUCGAGGGGGAGACGCCGGCAGCAAGACGGUAUACAUCUUGCUGCCCUACUACCGACGCGGAAAUCUGCAAGAUGCAAUCAAUGCGAAUCUCGUCAACCGUGCGCGCUUUCCCGAACGGCGGCUCAUGAUUCUGUUUCUGGGAGUCUGUCGCGCGCUCAAAGCCAUGCAUCAAUACAAAGUGGGCGAAGCACCGGGCGGAAAGGCCAGCCGGAGGAAAGCGAAGAGCGUGCGCCAGGAGGCUGCGCAAGCGGAUCGCGAAGCACAAGAAGAAGUCACACGCGCCAACCAAAGUCGCAGGAGAAGUCAGCGCGGCGACGAGACGGAUCAAGAGCCGCUGAUGGAGAGUGAGGUCAUGGCCGCACAGGAUGGCCUGGCGGAUGGACAGAUGCGAAGCUACGCGCAUCGCGAUAUCAAGCCGGGGAACAUUAUGAUUGCAGAUACCGGGACACAGCCCAUUCUCAUGGAUCUGGGAUCGCUCGCGCCGUCACCCACGCCCAUCACGAGUAGGGCGAUGGCGUUACAAGUGCAAGAUCAAGCGGCGGAGCAUAGCACCAUGCCAUACCGAGCACCCGAGCUGUUUGAUGUCAAGACCGACACCGUAAUCGACACCAAAGUGGACAUUUGGAGUAUGGGGUGUACGUUAUAUGCCUGCCUGGUGGGCAAAUCGCCGUUUGAGGCGCGCAGUGAAGAGACGGGUGGCUCGCUCUCACUGUGUGUAUUGGGCGGUGACUGGAGGUUUCCCGACGAAGGCGCUGCGGAGGCGAAGCGUGGCAAGCAGCGAGUCUCUGAUGUCGACGAAGCGAGCAAGAAACAGCGAGACGAUAUCAUCUCCGACCCGAUCAAGGAAGUGGUACGAAGAUGUCUUGCUGUGGAACCCGCUGAGCGGCCAGAUAUCGAUCAAUUGAUUGGAAUGGUAGAAGAGGUCAUUGCUGCUUUGCCUGAUGAGGGAGAUGCAGCAUUGGACAUGGAAUAGAUCGAGCCAACACCUUGGCAGAGUGUAGUCUGGUCUAGUCGACUGUAUUAUACCCAUAUAUUUAUAUAUCAUGACCGCCAUGACUUUGUACAGAAG